UUUGAAGAAGGUUUUCUUAACCUUUUGUAUUUUGAAUCUAAUGUUUUUAUAUGUGCUGGUCUUGUUAAUUUAGAGCUUCCUGGUUCUUCUGGUAGUAUUUUGUUUGACAAUAGUUUAGAGUCUAAAAAUAUUUUACCUAGUGCUGCUAUAAGUUUUAGAUAUAUCUGUCUUGUUAAUUUAGAGCUUCCUGUUUUUAUGCCUGCUUCUAUUAAUUUGAGAUUACCUGGUUUCUUGGAAUUCGAGUCUGAUAGUACUUUGUUUGACGAUAGUUUAGGGUCUAAAAAUGUUUUAUCUAGUCAUGAUUAUGUUGAAAAUUUGGU